AUGGCAUGUAGGGUCUCGUACAUUAAACGCGACCCUGGGGUCCCGUAUAUAAAACGCGACCCUAGGGUCUCGUAUAUUAAACGCGACCCCUGGGACAAGACAGCCGCUGCAUUUUGUGGCAAGCGCUCGCCCCACAGCCCUCCUGGAUAGCUCUCGUCCCCUCCACACCACUUUGAGACCUCUGAACGACGAUGCGGCCCACGACAACUCUGCGCCAGAACCUUCAUGAAAUCGACGCAAAGGUGCAGGCUCUUCUCGAAAAGAAGGGAGGUGAAGCUUUGAAGAAGAAAGGACUGCAGCAGGAAGAUUGUGCGAAGAUCGUCGCGUUCGCCGCUAAACUAAAGGACCCGCUGGACGGGCAGGACCCGUCGCCUAUACCACCGACUCUGGUCAUCGGUGUCAAGAGGGCUCGCGGAGACGAAUCCUGAAAGCACUGACCAGAUCACCAGAUCAGGGGGUGGGGGGGUGGGGGUGGGGGGGCUGCUCUCUACCGUAUACGGUUUGUCAACUAGGAUUUAUAGUAUAACCUUUACAUGGUCUAUGUAGGAUUUAGAACAGAGGUGCGCAUAUGUUUUUUUUUUUUUCCUCCCAUCAUUGGACUCUGUCGUCUGCCCCUCUGGCCCCUAUCCUCCACUUCUACUAGCUAGACGACCCAACCGGGGUCACAUAGGAGGGGGGGGUUGGACCCCUUCCUGCGGUUCCUGCCUGAGGUAUUUUUAUCGCGAGAAGGGUACAGCAAUCCCUUCCCUCGCGACUUAUGAAGUCGAUUUUAUGUAGAGGGAAUGAUCGUGAUCCCACGAACAUCGAGGCACAUCUUGUAGAGACUCCAGACGAACGGAACUCUUUGCCACUCGUCGCCACGUACGAGAACUCUGAAGAUCGACGCACGUUCGGCACAGAGCUGCGGAUUCUCGGGCACGGCAGUCCUCCUACUCCACCCAAUCCAUACGACCGCAAUCUCCGAACCCUAACCCUGCGCCGAAAUGCGUCCACACGUGCAAUGCCACGAGUAACAGCAUAUUGGUGAAAUUGAGAGCGAAGC